GUGUUUGUUAAAUAUCAUUUCGGGACUUUAAAGGGAAACAAAAAUUUCAUUAUUUUUGCGCUACGACGCACGGUUUAGGAGAUACAGCCCCAUAAAGUUUUUUUUUUCAGUCAUGCAGAAAUCUUUAUAGGGCUGUAUCUCCUAAACCGUGCGUCGUAGCGUAAAAAUAAUCAAAUUUUCGUUAAGUACCCUUUUAGUAACCCCGAAGUUAUAAUAAAAAAAAAAAACAUUAAAAAAACGGCGUGCGUCGUAGCGCCCAAAUAAUUACAUUUUUGUUCCCCUUCAAUACCCCACGCAUUGAAUAACCUAUCACAUUAGGACAUGAAACAAUCAUCAUCAUCAUCAUCCUAUUUUUUAUUAUUAUUUCAUUGCAAGUUUGAGAAAAGCACUAUAUAAAUCUCGGCGAGAAACGGGGUUGCCGGCCGCGUAUCCCUAUCCGACCACGAUAGAUGAGGCAAUUGUUAGACCUGACUGGCAACGAAACCAGAAUUCACCAUUACGACUCUUUAGCCAUGCAUGUUUUGCUAGUUUGGUCUUGUCCCAAACAAAGCAAACUAUAUUCGUCUUAACCCACUUAACCUUAUACAUAUUAAGAUAUCAUGCAAUACAUCGUGCCAUAAGAUUCGCUUCGCUUAGUCGCUUAAACUGUCAAAGACACUUAUUAUAUGUAGUGACAGUUGUAAAAACUCUACUGUUUUCUUUUCCCUGAUUUUAGACGAAUAGAAAAGUAACAACAGGAUAAUAUUAACAUGUCAGAGAAAGAAAUAUAUCUCAUCAUAUUUACAAUAUUUAAACUGUCAUUGUGUCAGUACCUCAAUCAACUGACUAUAAACGACAAAUCUACCAUUUGCGAAGGUGCGAGAGACGCUAAAUUAGUAGAAAAUUUUUUCAACUUAAUAUUCGCCGAAUUUCACAACACGCCGCCACUAUGUACAUGUGUGCAAAUGUGCAUCGACCAACCGGCUUACUGUUAUCCAAGCGGGUGCAUGCAAACAAUUACUAAGAAACCUAUUCGCACACAUAUCCAAAAAGAGGAUAGACGAGUAACAUUAGUAUUAAAAGAUCGAAAUGUUGGCUUUUCAAACAUGGUUGAAGACCCUCAGCAUGUCAACACUGGAACACAAGAAGAUGGAGCCAUAAAUAAUUUUUUACCGAGCAUACUAGAAGACAGAUAUAAGACCUUAAUUCAAUAUAAAAAGACGCCUAAAGUUGAGCUUAGAUAUAAUUUUCGACAGCACGUAAAUACCAAAAAGUCUGUAAUGUCAAAUAUUGGAAAUGCCGUUGUUUCGAGAGCAAGAUGGCCACAUCGCCAAAAUAAUUUCAGUGAAAAGCUAACAGCCAAAAUCAACUCAGCAAAGUUCAUGUCGUCAGAAUAUGCUACUCCUUUUACUAACUCAGCCACGAGCAUAAGAAAAACAAUAAAACGAGAAAACAAAGAUGAUAAUAACUUACAGGAGUUAUAUCCAUGAAUUUUCAUGAAUACAAGGUCAAAAUACAAACUCACUACAACGAAGGUCACAUAAUCUAAUAGAAAGACGAGGUGUCGCUAUGUCUACGAAAACGUCAGUACAUCUAAAGAACAACUAAUUAGUCGGUUCCCUUAGCGGUAAAAAGGUGCACUAUUUUUGUUCCAUACCGGAUGACACCACCAACAGUCAUAUGGCUGAUUCAAUACAAUGUGCAACGUAAAUGACGUUUAAGUAAAGGUACCUUUGCUGAACGAUAUUUUUAGUAAUGUUUUCCAUAAAAAAAAAUAUUAUUAAAACCAAAUUAAAAAUACUGAGAUCGUUUUAUUGUAAUUUACUCCGGAUCUAGCUAAUUAAAGUUACACACUACAUAAAGAAAAAUAUUUAUUUUUUACAUAUUAUUUUGUCGCAGAGCCUGCACCUUCGCAUACGCAAAGCAUAGUGCAUUUAAUUCCAUAUUUUACGCACCGACUCCUUGUGCAAAGCUCUUUGCACUUGCAAGACAAUAGCUCCUUUGCAACUGAGGCUAGCAUCAGAAAGGGUUUUCUACAAAGGGGGGUACGCUGGUCCAUCAAUUUUCUUUUCCCAACCCCAAUUACAAGAGUCUAGCGCUUGUGGGUCGCUAUUCAGGCAAUUGGUCCAAAUGAGCGUCUGGUAAGCCCUUUUUAUAUGCUGUAGGAGAGCAUCCUGUGUUGGAGGAAUAUACUCUAUCGCUCUGUUUUUUCGUAAACAAGAUCCUCCUCGCAGUAUUUACAUUAUUUGUGUCACUACUAGGAAGUUACAUGUAGGGUUUGCAAUCCGAAUAUUCUAAUUAAUCAAAUAUCCACCAACAUAAAUAUCCGAAAAUAUUUACUAUCCCCCUUGUGUAUAGGCUUAAUAACUGAACUCUUUAACUUUUCAGGAAAAGCUCCGUAUUCCAAACACAUAUUUGUGAUGUACAUAAGAAUAGUCGCAACUAUGUGAGAAACUCUUUUUAGAUUUUUUAUACUUAUGCCGUCAUAUGUAUACUCAUAUACUACGCUGUUAGUAUUUUUCAAUGAUUGUAUGAUAAUAAAUAUGUCAGUUGGGGUUGUCGAUUGUCAAUAAGAUGCAAUUUCCAUAAAGCUUCAAAAUGAAAUCGAUCUAAUCGGAAACCGACAAUGUGGCACACCAGAAACCCUAGCAAUAAAUAGAUAAAUAAAAUUAUACUAGUAAAUUAACCGAAGAAAUACCUUUUUUCGAAUACAAAUCCAAUUUGAAGUGGAACAAAACGGAGGCGUUUUCCAUUAACUCGUAAAAGAAAAACUUUCUCCAUUUGCCCAUUAAGCGGUCUUCUGGCAGCAAUAACUCCAUGCUCUUUUUUAUUGUAAGUGGUAUGCCCUUUGGAACGUGGCAAAUUAAAAAAAAAUAUAUAAAAUAUUUUCUUCUAUGUUAUGUAGCAACCUUAUAACUGGCACUGAGAAUUAAUAAUUGUCACUUGUUUUUGUGGCUAAGUUACCUAUACUACUGCUGCCAGAAUAUAAGGUUGAAAGUGCAUAAUCAACCACUUCAUUAUAAAAUUGACAAUAGUAUAAGUAAAUUGACCGAAUAGUAAGGACUUCAUAUUGUAAAAAUCCUCCUUUAAAAAUCCUCCAUGCAACUUUAAAUUUUACCGAUCAUUUCCUAAUCGUCCAAUCGAUACAACGUAUGUUAUUGUCAGACCAUAGAGAAUUUACACUAAUUGAACAGUUCUUUAUACAAUGCAAUGUGGUAUCUCGAUAUAACGAAAGUGGUUUUCCAUCUCUUUCGCACUUAAAUAGAAUAUCACAAACCACUAACCACUUUUAGCACAGUCGGAAUAGAUCAAACCUCGAAAUCUCUUGAACAGUCCUGAAAUUUGGUAUGUAUGUAAUUUUCCAGAGACAUGUCAGUCGCUUCGCUUGACAGACAGAUGAAGAGUGCGAAAGGGAAGCCAUGACGUAUAUGAACAAGCCAUAAGUGCAAAAGAGGCAGACUACAUAUGAGAAAACGUAACCAAUUUUGAGUUCGAAGGCGGCCGAGGCGGCCAAAAUCAUAUUGCCGUAUUUUUUAACGUGAAAAAUAUAAGCGAAUCAAAAAGAAAAUUAUACAUUAAGUAAUUCGGUGACGAUGGUGUCAUGUUGUGUGCCGGGUUGUAGUAUUUCAGGGCCAAAAAACCCAGGAAAAUACUCAUUUCACAGGUAAUUAUGAUAUUCCUAGCGAAAUUUUCGUAACGAUAUUUUAUCAAAUUAACAGCAUAAAAAGUUUAAAAAACCAAUUAUAACAGUUCAUUAUAAGUUUUUCUUCAAUUGUGUGUUAAUAUUUCAUCAUAUUAGUCAAUAAUUUAGAAUAUUUUGUGUAAAAACCUAAACUGUUACUUUACGCUAGGGCUUGACAAAAUGUUCAUAUGACUGUAUCGAUAACUUGUCGGUAUAUUAGUAGGUAUGGAAUUAGUUGUUCACAAGACAUCAUUAAGAUAUUACCUUUAUAACCGACUUAAAAUAAUAACGAUUGUUAUAAUACCUUUUUUGAACGUGUACAUGUUUAGCGAUAAAUUUAAACUUCACUUUCCAACACAGUACUUACAUUUUAACCACUUUUCCACGGCUUUGCCGCCAACACAAGGAAACACAAGACAGCGUAUACUUGUACACAGCGUAUACACAUCCAACCCAAGUUGUCAGCAGGAAAAGGCGCGAAAUUCAAAUUUUCUUUGGUAAGUCAACUCUUUGCGAACACAUUUUCAAACAACUUCAACUUUAUCAUUUCCAACUUUUUCAAACACAUUUGAAAAAGUAGUCGAUAAAGGAGUUAAACAUCGAUAAAUUAUUAAUAUGUUGUAACAUGACAUCACUAUUUUUGUUCGCACAUAGACAAUUUACGCACACACUUGCAUUUCAUUUUUGGUCACACUUUCCAAGUUUGACAGUCGUUCUAUACUAUCCUAUUUCUAUGUAAUUUUCAUAUCCACGCGAUUUGACAUUUGGGGACCUUGAGGAAUCGCAGCCAUCUUGGAAAAUGUGUAUUAUUAAAUCUAUUUUAUAAAUCUUAAUUUAAAAUAUUUUUGAGUGAAACUUCUUAUGCGACUUCCAACAAGGUUUAUAUAAACCAUACCUCUUAAUAUAAACCAUAUGUAUUUUAGAGCAUUAUUUUCCACUUGUCAUUAUAGGAUCCACAUGAACAACACAUUUAGUCGGUCUCCAGCGGUAGCGGCCCGCCUUAAGGAGCACUUGUGCAGUGCACUCUAAGGUCCGACCGAGAACGCUCUUUUUGUCUCGGCCGAGACCGAGAAUUUAUAAAAUAGAAAAAAAAGACGAAUUUUGCACUAAAAAUGUUUUUAUAAUCGAAAUUCGACGAUUUAUCACAAAAAAGUUAUCAUAAUUAAUU